AAAGUACAAUACGCGUAAAUUUGUGGUGAACAGAAUAAGACUAUUUCGUGAAACUCAACUUUGUUUUCGAGAUGUUGCCGCAAAGCUGUGCUUUUAACUUCGAUAACUGCAAACGCAAUGCGGAUCUGCAGAAAGCUGGCUUUGAGCUGCCACGCCCCUAUAAAACGGGCACCUCCAUAGUGGGCGUUGUGUGCGCGGAUGCUGUUGUGCUUGGCGCGGACACACGCGCCACUGGUGGUUCUCUCGUCGCCGACAAGAACUGCAUUAAGAUCCAUCGCCUCAUGGAUCACAUAUACUGCUGUGGCGCAGGCACUGCGGCGGAUACGGAUAGGAUGACCAUGUUCACCUCCGCCGAGCUGGACUUGCAUGAAUUGAAUACGGACCGGCAGGUUCCAGUGGUGUGCGCCAGCAGGUCAAUACGCCGCUCACUCUUUCGCUUCCAGGGCCACAUUGGUGCCGCCCUGGUCUUGGGAGGUGUCGACAAGUGGGGCCCACAGCUGUACUGCAUCUAUCCGCAUGGGUCCGAGGAUAAAAUACCAUAUUGUGCCAUGGGUUCGGGCACGCUGGCUGCCUUGGCAAAGCUUGAGAGGGGCUGGCGGGAAAACCUCAGCCUAGAGGAGGGCAAGGAGUUGGUGCGCGAGGCCAUCAAUGCGGGCGCCAAGAACGACCUAGGUUCGGGCUCAAACAUAGAUCUGUGCGUAAUAACUAAAAAGGGCGCCCAGUUCGUGCGCGCCGAUAGGGUUGCCAGUGCAAAGCGCGUCCUGAUUGGCAAGACACCCAUCAAGCGUAACUGUACAAUAGCGAGGAGCCGAUCAGUACAUGUGGUCAGUGAGUUUGCAUCGAACAGCAAUACCCUAACCUGGGAACCUGCGACCCCGUGGUCGGACCCCGAAUGAGCUACACAAUAUUGUGACCAUAAUUCAAGAGCUUUUAUGGAAAGCGAAACCAAAUUAAACACGUAAUAAGUUGUUAAUUAGUGAGAUAAAUAAAUAAGCAUUGCGAAGAAUAUUAAAUGUAA